GGCUCAGGACACGCGGCGCCCGAGCCACGGGAGGGGGCCCGCCGCCAGCCGACCGGCCGCGCGGGCCCGGCGAGCCAUGGAGGCCCCCGACCUGUGCUUCAUGGUGCACUCCUCCGAGGUGGUCGACGAGGAGGGCCGGAGCCACCGAGGCUCAAGGAUGACGGCGGUAAUCCCUGGGUCCGAACCCCCGGAGUGGAUGCUGCGCGACUUCGCCUUCGCCGCUUUCGGCCGUGGCUCCGCGCCGGGCCUCCGGCCCUAUCGCUUCGGACGCAAGGAAGCCUGGGCGUUUGCAACUCCUCACGAUCACUGCGAGGAAAUAGUCGUGUUCCGCAGGGGAUCGGAUUUGGCCAGGAAGUGGGACGAAGAGGAGCAUAAUGUGGCCAAGGUCGGCCUGGACAUGUUCUUUGUGAUGCGCACGAGGCAGAUCACAGAUGCGACACCAUUGUCCAAGCAGUUCAACGGUGAAUGGGGGUUCUGGGAGAGCUUUUACGCCCCAGUAAUAGACGAGGAGCAGUCAAUGGACUCGCUUUCAGAGAUGGACAUCAGCACACGCAGUUCUUAUUUCUCUGAACAGCGCUUGUCAGUUCAAUGUCACAGAUGCCCAGAAGGCCAUUCCGUCUUAACCAUCCCAGAGAGCAUGGUCGUCAGAUAUCAGGUGACGGUACCUUUCAGGGAUGCCGACGCAUGGUCAGACUUGUGUUCAGGCAUAGGUGAGGACAUGAUUUUGCAGUCCCCCUGCAAAGUGGAGAAGCAGGUCAUCGCCCGCGGGAGCGAAUGCAUCAGAGUGGUCUCGGAGAUGGACGGGCUCCACGAGUGCACGCGGUUGCGGAAGCAUGAGCUGCAGGUGUUGAAGUUGCCGUUGGAGGUGACCUUCGAGUGCGACAUGAAGGUCGCGGACGAGUGGAGGCCAGACGUGGCGUCUUUGCAGAAGAAGUUUGACGACCUGGGGGCGCUGUAUCAGACGAACCUGCUGGGUGGCUUCAACACGUUGGCAAAGUUGCGCCCUGACCCCUGGAAUCCGAUGGCGAGGCUCGCAGUCAACGCGCUCAACAGAGUGCUCGCACGCUGUCCGGACAUCCGUUCUAUUCUUGAUGUUGGUUGUGGAGACAUGUCAUGGAUGAGGCAUUUUCUUGAAGACCACCCGCAGGUUACUUACAUUGGGGUGGACAUCCAGCCUUUUUGUCUGUGGGUCAAUUUUAACAGAUUUCCUAAGCUGCAUUUCAUUCAGACAGAUGUGUCGAAUUUGAAGGGCAUGGAAAUCAUGCCAUGUGGAUGUGAUCUUGCGGUUGCGAAGGACUUGUUCAAUUACAUGGCUUUGCCAGACGCCGUGAACGCCAUGAAGCGCGUUGUGUGCACUCGCCCGAGAUAUCUGUUGACGCACAUUCAUCGUUCCAGCGCCAACACUGGAUGGGAAACUCGUAUCGACAAGCACCAGGAGUACACCGAGUACGACUACAACAAGCCUCCGUUUUCGCUGCCCUACCCCGUGGUGGACAUCCAGCGGAUCAGCGACGACGCGUGCUUUGUCCUCUACCAGAUAGUGCCAGACCCGUCGGACGGCGCGCGGCCCUCGCCCCCGCCCGAGGUCGGAUCCCUGAGCGUUCCGCUUGUGGGCGACGAUCUCGACCUCUUCACCACGGUGGAGGGCGGCGAGUGGACAGAGCCGAGGCACGCCACAGGGUUGCCCGCAGCAUGUCGGCAGGACGAGUCUGGCGACGAGGAUGCCGUGCCCACCGCCGAGGCGGACAGCCUGGGGCCGCGCGCGGCCGCAGACCGCGGGGACUCCGAGAGCACGGUGGGCGCCGAGUCGGCGGCGUCGGAGGUGAAGCCGAUCAAGGGGAUUCCUGUGGCUGAGUUUAAGGCGCGCUGCAACGUGAUCUUCGACAAGUUCGACAAAGACAGGGACGACGCGCUGAGCUUCGAGGAGCUCGCCGACCUGAUGGAGGCCGGUGGCCGGCGGAUCGACCAGCACGAGGCGUACGUGGGGCUCUGCGGCAGGCUCGGCUGCGACGCCCGCAUCGGCCUGAGGCGCAAGGACGUGUUCACACUGUUCCAGAAGGCCCCGCAGGCGGUGUGGGAGCAGGUCUACCGCUCCAUCAACCCGGUUGCGCAGAUGGUCGUCAGGGGGUCCGAGCGGCUGGCGGACACGUUCCUGCAGAGACCGAUCGUCAGGUUCGACUUCGAGGACGAGGCGAUGACCGCCCGGGUCCACAUCGACCUGAAUCCGCACCUGUAUUUUGGGGCCGCCGAGACCAUCACGGGAGAUCACGUGCAGGCCCGCUUCGGCAAGCAGCGCCUGGAGGUCCGCAUCGUGGCGCCCGGGUCCUACGGCGCAAACGAUCUGUAUUUGUGGAAGCUUGUCGUGUCUCCCCUCUCUGGGGAGAUUGUGCCCGAGGACUGUUCUCUGGAUAUCAAAAUCAGGGACGGGAACAUAUCCACGAUGAGCAAGAAGGUUGUUUUGAAGUUGACAAAGUCAAAGCAGAAUAAGUGGAAGAAUCUGGGCAUGGCCAGCGUGUGAGGGUAAGCGACCGCCAUAGAGCAGAGUAUAUGCUCUCAGCAGCAAGCGCUUGCACUGUGCAGUUCCUGCCAGCCUCUCGCCUGGCAUGCCCUCAAAGUAAACUCGAGCGAGUCGCCCUCAUCCCUCUGUUCCUCC